AUGCCUCCAACACCUCGUCGCCUGGUGCGGCGGCGCCCGCUAUCCGAGCGGAUACAGGCCUUUCUCAACCCUAUAGACUUUUAUAUCUGGAUCUCGGAGGAAAUCCAAAGCUUCGAUUGGGACUCGACUGCUUUCGGCACUUGGUUUGGUCUGAUUGCGAAUGUUCUCUUCCUACUUGCGAGAGCGAACGCAAACAUUAGUGGAGGGCUUGUCGACGAUGAUGUAUUUUCGGAUGCUCCCUCCAGCGGCUUUACAAAGGCAUUGAUUAACUUCCUCAUCUGGACCCUGAUCCCCAUCUCUGGUCUCAAUGCCUUCUACACCAUGACCCGAUCGCGCCACUACCGACUAUUCGAAGCGAACGUCGAGGCUCAAGGUCCUUCAACCCCUUCCGCGCACCGUGUCCGAGUCGAUUCUUCGCCGUCCACCCCAACGCCCCUUCGAUAUAUCCAAAACUUUGCAAAGGGCGAAUCGGCUGAGGCGCGCGCUCAUCCCGACAAGACGCGCGACGUCUGGGAGGUGGCCGUUUGGGAUCCGUACCCGGCAACACUGCGCAUUUUCUGCCUCUUCAGCCCCGGCCAUGUCCUCAUCUACAUGCUCUUCCUCCCCUUGGCCGCCCUCGACCCGCGCCCGAGCGUGACCGUCUUCAAAGCUCUUUUCCUCCAGCUCCUCCUCACAGCUCAGAUGCUCCUCCUGACCUCCCGCUUCACCCAGCAAUCCAAGGACAUGAACAUUAUCCACCGCGAAGUCAUGCACGAAUACGACAUCAAGUACGUGCACCCGCGGGUGUACCCUAUUUACCGCGAGGUAGCGACCCAGGUCUCGAUUGUCGACGACGUUUUGGAAGAAGAAUCGGUAGCUAUCGGCACCCCUUCGACCAUCAUCCGCCACGGCUUCGAAACGCAUCCGAACCCAAACUACACCAAACACUUCGACCCCGACGGUGUCCUCAAGCAGAGCAGAGAGCUAACACAAACCGACGCUUCGACUCCCGCGGCGCGACCCUACACACCCAUCACCACCGGCCGACCCAGUUUCGGAUCAGUAACCUCUCCAAGCACCACCACUACUACUCGUACCCCGACCCUCCUCCGCCAAAACAGCUACGGCAACACCCCCUCGACCAUCUCGAUGACCGCCCGCCCAACACCUAGCAAGAGACAGGUCGCCCACGCCGGCACCACCCCCUACCCACCACGUAAAGCAGCAGGCGGCGGCGGCGGCAGUCUUGGCGUGUACCAGCACAUGAACUCCCCACUCAACCGAACAGCCAGCGUAGGCACCGACGCGCCUUCGCCCCGCAACGGCCGCGAGAUGGCGGCGCUGGAGCAGAGAGACUUGGCGGAUAGGCUGAUUAGGCAGCACAGCCCCGUGAAGCCGAGUCCAUUAAAGAGCGAGAUUUAUCCUGCUGCUGCCGGUGGGUCGCCCAGGAAGUCAUCGGCGGCGGCGGCGGCGGCGGCGAGCAGGGAUGGGGAUGGGGAUAGUAGUGCGUAUAUGCAGCAUUCGCCGGCGACGUUGAAUAAUGCGCGGGCGAAUAGGUGGGCGCAUGAGAGGUUUCCUACGAGAAGGGUUUAG